AUGUUCCGAAGUCGUUGUCCAUAUCGUAUUAAUUCAAUCACGCGGGUUUAACCUCCUUCAUAUUUUCGAUUUCAAUUAAUAAUAAUAUUUUAGCGUUCCCAUUCACUUGGUGGCAAUAGUUCAAGUCCAUCUGAUUGUAGUGAUUUAUCAAUCGCCGAAGAAGUUGAUUUAAGCCGUUAUUUUCGACAUCAAAGACAUGCAUCAGCAGAACGAAUAAUCGACGAAUUCAUAACCAACGGAAUAUUUAUCCAAACCAUGAAUAGUAACGGCAAUAGUUAUUUCAAUUCAACUUCAACUUCAUCUGCUCUUCCACUUUCUUGCUCAUCACAUUCAUUACAUUCUUCUGCUUCAAGAAUGAAUACUUUGAAUGCAAAUCAUCAUAAAGAUUUGCUUUCCCCGGGAAAUGAAGUUCUUGUAACUCGAACUGUUUCGCCAUCGUUUUAUUCGCAUGGAUUAGGAGCAAGAGAUCUUGUGUUUCGAAAAGAUGAACAAGUUCGAAUUGUUGGCGCUACAACUGUAGGUUUUAUUUUGAAAAUUUUAACUGAAUCUUAAUUUACCUGAAUAUUUCUAGGACCCUCUUUGGUAUCGCGCGAAAAAUUCGAACCACGAAGAAGGCCUAGUGCACGCUGAUUUUGUAGCGAAAAUGAUCAAAAACGGGGGAUCAUCAUAUUUGGACAAUAAUAGUGGAUCAGUGAGAUUGAGAGGCUGUGAAAAUGGGCCAAUGUCAACAACUUCCUCAACAUCUUCGUCACAUCAUUCGACAGCGACACAUAAUCAACCAUGGUAUCAUUCGAUGAUAACUCGAGAGAAAACUGAGAAGUUUGUUUUUUAUGGGAAUUGCAUUGAGAAAUGAGGGGAUUGGGGAGGAUUUUUUUUGAAAAAAAAAACGUUUCCACGUUUCAUAAAAAAUCUAGUUCACGUUUUGCUUCAAAAAUCCACGAACCUUUUUUACUCAACACUUCAAAUCUUGAUGAAAUUUUGUCCAAAGACAGCUUUUGGGGUCAUAGGAAAACUCUAAAAAUUUUAGGACCUCUGAGCCAAGUUCUGGGCUCUCAAAAGUUCAAAAAUUGAUGAUCAGCGUCAUACAUGUUUUUCUCCCUGGAUCGACCCCUACAGUUAGCGAGACCUCAAAUAAAAAUUUUCAAAGUUAGUAAGACCGUUAGUGUGGGGGCAAAAGCCUCCCACACUAAAAAAUUUUUUUAUUUUUUUUUCGAAAAAAAUUGAAAAAUUUUGCAACACGUUUCCAGUAUGUGAACUCGAACCCUAUGGUAGCUACCAUUGGGUCCCUAACUCAGCGCUCUACCACUGCGCUAUGUGUGCCCACAUAACCCGCAUGCUGUUUUUCUCAUUUGGAUAGGAUGCGUUUGAGAGAUAGAAAAAACACAAACAGUAAAUUACAUUUUUGUAUUUUACAUUCAAUUAUUCAAAAAAAUAUAGAAGAAAAUCAUGGAUUGAAUUGUAAAUUGAAUGACGAAUUCUUUAGACCUUAUACAACAAUAUAAAAGCUUAUCUUCAAUGAAUAAAUACGAUGAAAUACUUUUUUCCAUUCGAAAAUGUUGAAAAUUGGUUAUUAUCAGAAAACUCAAAACCUAGAAAAGUAUGUCAAAAUUAAUAUUUUCACUUGAAAAUUUGCACAGUGUGUCUAGAGGUCCUAUUGAGGUAUAUUGAACUAUGAAAUUGAUAAACAAUGCUGCAUGGGGAAAAUAGUUGAGACCACUGGAUUUUAUCCAGGGUUACCCUGGAUUUUAUCCAGAAUUUUAUAUAAGUGCCCGGCGGUCUCAGUAGACCUUUCAGAAAGGGCAUUUAUUCUGGAUAAUAAUUAAGAAUAGACCUUGUGGCAUAACCUAGAACGAUUUUCAGAUGCUAAAAUCAAUUUUGGUUUAACACUUUAUGAUGAUAGAAGUGGUGUAUUGAUGAAAAAAGUAGAUUUUUGAUAGUUUUUGGGCCGGCGGUCUCAGUAGACUUCUUAGAAAGGGGUUUUAUUUUGCAUAAUACCUAAGAGGGGACCUUGUAACAUAACCUAGAAUGAUUUUCAGAUACAAAAACCAAAUUUCGUUCAACACUUUAUGAUGAUAAAAGUGGUGUAUUGAUGAAAAAAGUAGAUUUUCGAUAGUUUUUGAGCCGGCGGUCUCAGUAGACCUUUCAGAAAGGGCAUUUAUUCUGGAUAAUAAUUAAGAAUAGACCUUGUGGCAUAACCUAGAACGAUUUUCAGAUGCUAGAAUCAAUUUUGGUUCAACACUUUAUGAUGAUAAAAGUGGUGUAUUGAUGAAAAAAGUAGAUUUUCGAUAGUUUUUGAUUCGGCGGUCUCACUAGAUCUUUCAGAAAAAGCAUUUAUUUUGGAUAAUGAGUAAGAGUGGACCUCGUGACAUAAUCUAGAGCAAUUUUGAAAUCGAAAAAUUAUUUCAUGUUCAAAACUUUAUGAUGAUAACUAAUUAAAAAAAUUUUCAAAAAAAUCGAUUUUCAAAAAAAAAAAGUUAGUAGGACCUCAAAUUUUUUCGGAGUUAGUAAGACCGCAACCCUGGAUAAAUCCAGGGGUAAAACAUGUAUGAUCAGCGUAGUUGAUUUACCCGAAAAGCAUCAAUAAAUCAAAUUUUCAGAAAAAAUUUUGAAUUUGGAAAAAAGAAUGAGCAGAUGCACAUGAAUUUUCAGAAGAAAAAUAAAAAACUUCAAAAUUUUUCGAAAAAAUUGUCUAAUUUUUGUAAGAAAUUUUUUUUAUUUUUCGGCUGAAAAUCCAUGAAAAUUCAUAUAAAAUUCAUUCUUUUUUUUUCCAAAUUCAAAAUUUUCUUUGAAAAUUCGAUUCAUUGAUGCUUUUUGGAUAAAUCAACUACGCUGAUCAUCAAUUUUUGAACGCUUGAGAGCCCAGAACUUGACUCAGAGGUCCUAAAAUUUUUAAGGUGUUCUUAUGACCCCAAAAGCUGACAAAAUUUCAUCGAAAUUUAAAGUGUUGAGUAAAAAAUGUUCCCUUGUAAAUAUAGAUAAACCAAAUUUAAUUUUUUAUAGAUUAUUGAAUAACAAACCUGAUGGAACAUUUUUGGUGCGUGAAUCCACAAAUUUCCCCGGUGAUUUCACACUCUCCAUGUCAUAUCGCGGAAAAGUUGAACAUUAUCGAAUAUAUCAAACAUCCGGGGGACAAUUGACUUGUGAUAAUGAAGAAUAUUUUUCGAAUUUGACGCAACUCGUAUCGGUUAGUUUCCAAAAUAAUCAAUUUUAUUUGUUUAUUUUUUUUCUUCAAAAAAAAUUGUAUUUUUCUCAGCAUUAUAAACGUGACGCGGAUGGACUUUGUCAUCGUUUAGUAACUCCAAUAAUCAGUGAUUCCUGUCAAUUUCCAUCAAAUGGUUCUUCGUCUUUUGGCUCUUCUUCGUCUGCCGUUGAUUUAGAAGAUCGAACAUCGGUUUUCCGAAAUGCUGGGCUAGUCAUUUCACGAAAUGAAAUAAUAUUGGGAGAUACAAUUGGACAUGGCGAAUUUGGAGAUGUUUUAUUAGGCGAAUAUCGGAAUCGAAAAGUUGCUGUUAAAGUUUCGAAACGACACGGAAAUGGAAUGCUUGACUCGUUACUUGAUGAAGCUAAAUUCAUGGUGUAAGUUGAAGUUUUUUGGCUGAAUUUCUUCAAAAAAAAACAUUUUUGUAGCGGGGUGUCGCAUCGAAAUUUGGUCACUUUGGUCGGUGUCGUUUUAGACGAUGUGAAUGUUUAUAUGAUAACUGAAUAUAUGGCAAAUGGGAAUUUGGUGGAUUUGUUGAGAUCUCGUGGAAGACAUAGUUUAGAGAAACAUCAAUUAUUGAAGUUUGCGAUGUAAGUUUUUUUAAAAACUGUUUUACUCUAGAAAUAUAAUAAAAUCUGUUCUCUAGUAGUUUUUGACCCACCGAUCACGAUCCCGCUGUCUGAAAUUAUAGAACUUAACUCCCUGAUGAGUUAUGAAGUGGAAAAGUUCGAAAAAUCGAAAUUUUAAGAGCUGAAAACUAGAUUCAAAAAUGAUUUUCAUGCAAAUCUUGUUCAACAUGAGAAGACUUAGUGUUUUGAUUAUGUGAUCAAUUAAAAAAAUAUUUUUGUUCGGUGAAAAACAUAAUUCAGAUUAAAAAAAACAUUUGGUUCAUUCAAAAAUCCGAAAGAUUUUCCAGAAAUUUUCUAAAAUUGAUCACAUAAUCAAAACGAGGAAGUCUUCUCAUGUCGAACAAGUUUUGCAUGAAAAUUAUUUUUGAAUCUAGUUUUCAGAUCCUAAAAUCACGAUUUUUCAAAAUUUUCGAGCUUCUCCAUGCCAUAACUCAUUAGGUAAAUGAAGUCUGACAUUUUAGAUGACGGAAUCGAGAUCAAUAAAAUAUUAGAAAACAUAUAAAAUCUAAAGUGAAAACUACUCCCUUGUAAGAUUUUUUAAAAAAGAUAAUUGAAUUUGUUUUGCAGUGACAUUUGCCAAGGAAUGUGUUAUUUGGAAUCGCGUCAAAUAGUUCAUCGCGAUUUAGCGGCUCGAAAUGUUCUUCUCGACGAAGAUCUAACGGCAAAAGUAUCCGAUUUUGGAUUGGCGAAAAAGGCAAACAGCGUUUCAAAUGAUUCAUCGUCUGGCAAAUUUCCAAUCAAAUGGACGGCUCCAGAAGCUCUUCGACAAAGUGUGAGUGUAUUUUUUAGCAGAAAAUAUUUUAAAUUUUAAUGUGUUUUCAGCAAUUCUCAACAAAGAGUGAUAUUUGGUCAUUCGGAAUUUUACUGUGGGAAAUAUUCUCAUUCGGAAGAGUUCCUUAUCCAAGAAUUGUGAGUUUUUAUUUAUUUAUUUUUUAGUUAUUUGUCUAUGAUUAGAUAUACUUUGGUUCCCUUGUUUUUGUUGGGUUGUGUUUGUUAUCAUUUUAUUGUUGUGAUUGUUGUUUUUCAGGGUGCCGAUGGUCGUUCGGUAUGUGCAUUCUUCUCUAUUUUCUGUCCCUUUUUUUCUAUUUUUCUAAAAUCUAUUUUUUUUUUGUUGGGUUUCUCUGUGUGUUUUCCUACUUCUCUAACAGGGGAGGUUUUUUGGUAUAACUUGAAAAUUUAGGGAAAAAUUAUCAGAACUUUUAGCUCAUCAAUUUUCAAAGUUACACCAUAAAACUUCCCUUGUCGAUCGAUACCUCUUUUCUCCCCCCAAAAAAAUCCAUAAAUUAACCAGUUGUUUUCCCCCAAAUUUCCCGCUCAUCCUCAAAAUUUUCCUGAUUUUCAGCCAAUUCAAGAUGUUGUUCGACACAUUGAACGUGGAUAUCGCAUGGAAUCACCGGAUGGAUGUCCGCCUGAAGUUUUCAAAGUGAUGAAUGAGACUUGGGCACUUCAGCCAAGUGAUCGACCAUCUUUUACGCAGGUUUGUGUUUUUUUUUGGCUGGUGAUUUAGAUUUAAAAAAAAUCAUUAAUGUUUUGAAUUGUAGGUCAAAAUUAGUUUUUUCAGCCAAAAAUGAUGACAAAUCAAUAUUUGUUAAGCUUCUGGAGUAAUUUCUGAAUAAAAUUGAUACUGGAAUUCACUUUCCAGAAGUUUUUGCUGAUUUUUCGUAGAACAAAAAAUUUUAAAUUUUGAUGAAUUUCGAAAAAAUUCGUAAAAUUAAGCAAAUAGGGUUCUCGAAGCUUAUUUUCAUCAGAAAUUACCCAGAAGCUUAAAAAUCUAGAUUUGUCUGAAAAACUCUUUUUUACUUUUUGUGAAUUGAUCUUUCGAUGAUUAAAAAAACAUUUUUUUCAUUCGUGAAUCAGCCCUAUUAAAAUAUAAUUUGUUUCUGAAAAUCUGAAUCACCCCAUUAUUUUUUAUUGGAAAAUUGGAAAAAUUUUGGAUUUCAUAACAAAAAUCAUUCAGGUUCUUCAACGGCUCUCCACAAUAAUACGAACAAGUGUGUGAUUCAUUUUUGUCGCAGCAAAAAAAUCUAGUCAUUUUUAUUUUAUUUUAUACCAAAAUAUUUUAGGCACACCUCCUGAAUUUUAUUUCUUAUUUUUAUAUGUUUUCACUUUUUCACGCUCUCUCUCGAUUAUUAUUUUUUGCUCAAAUUGUUGUUUGAAAAUCGAAAAUUUGUCAUGCCAUUGUGUGUUUUUUUUUCAAAAAAUUUCAUGUAAUCUCACUUAUUCGACAGCAUAAAUACCCCAUUCUUGUGAAAAAAUCAAAUAAAUUUAUUUUUUUCAAUUUCUUAUUCAUAUUUUUGUGUUAUCGUAACACUGUUUAAUAUUUGUUUCUUUUUUUUUCUAAUCAAAUUAAGUCAAAUCAAAUCAGAAAUAAAUUUCAGGAUGUUGUGUUGAGAUGUCGAAUUUUACGAGUUUCGUUGAUUUGGAUGGGGGAAGUGUGGUAAGAUCCAAAAAUUUAUGAUAUAAAAUUAAAAAAAAAUUAUGAUUUUUCAGCCAAAAGUUGCAGCUGUACAUGAUGAAAAUGGGCAAUUAUCAUCGAAAAACGCGUCGAAUGUUUUAUUUGAACAUUGUAUAGAUUAUUUACCAGGUAUUUAUAUUAGAAACAUGUUAAAUUCUGAAAAAAUUGCGAAAACUCUGAAAAAUACACGGGGACUAGGAUGAAAAGCUAGUCCCAAAAAAAACUUGGAAAAUCGAUCAAUUUGAAAAUUUCCCAAGAAAAAAAGCAUGCAUUUUUUGAUAAGUAUGUUCAAAAGCUUGUACAAGGAACCAGCUCUAAAUAUUCUUGGUUUUCUUCUGCUUUUUUUGAAACGUAGAAUUUUUGGGCUAAUUUUCAGACCUCUUUUCGAAAAUUAACCAACUUCUUGAAAUCGAUUUGAAAAUUUCCCAAUAAAAUUAUGCAUUUUUUGAAACGUAGCAUUUUCUGGUUUUUUUUCUUCAAAAUUUUCUGAAACAGUCAAAUUCUCUAUUGUCAUUCCGAAAAUAAAAGAACCCCCGUUUGAAUUGGCCCUCGCGUACAGUAGACUAAAAAUGACGUGACACAUGCAUAUCAAACUGGUUGGCAAAUAGCCAGCGUGUAAAUUUCGCAUUUUAUUUUUCAAAAAACUCCAAAAUUUUGCGAAGUCUACUGUAGUCUUGGUUUCCUAGGCCACUUGGGUUCUCUUCCAAGGUUUUUUUUUUCGGAAUGACAAUAUAUUUUUUUCCUAUAAGUAUAUAUACAAAGGAUCAGCUCUAAAUAUUCUCGGUUUUUUCUGCUUUUUUUGAAACGUAGAAUUUUUUGGCUAAUUUUCAGACCAUCUUCCGACACUCCCCCCAUCAAAAACAUUUUUCAGACGAAAUAAUAAGUUUCUACGGAUAUGGCGUGUCAUUUUCAAUGCAAUUCGGCGAAAGCGAACAAGGAACAAUAGCAUGUACAAAAGCAAGAUUGAGAUUCACCCCGCUUGUUCGAAAACAACGAGAUCUACCGAGAAGAUCGAAAGUUUUCGAUGAUUUUUAUGAUAUUCCACUAUGCUCAAUUGCUAAAAUCAUGAUUGCACCAUUCAAAAGUAAUAAUCGCAGUAAACCCGAGAAGUUCCAAAAAAUGGAAUAUAAUUAUUCGAGUAUGGAAGUCAUUUCAAUGAUUCGUCUAAUUUUGAAAGACUUUCGAGUUGUUACAAUUGAUUUGCAUCGAAGUCAACACGGAACACAUUUGGCAAAUCAAAUUCUCGUUUUCUCCAAAUCAUUUUUAAUCGGCAAAAUGAUUCAAGUUGGAGGAGUUUUGAAAGACAAAGGAAGCGGGCAGAAAAUCCCAUUCAACACCUAUGAAUCCUGGGAAAACGAAUUGAAAAGGUGUGGAAUAUCAACUGAUUCAUCAUCGAAUUGGAGAAUUUGUGCGGUUCACAAGGAAGGUUUAUCAUAUAGUUCUGAAGGAUAUCCAAUGUAUUUUGUUGUCCCCAAUUAUUUAUCAGAAAAUGAUAUUAAUCGAUUGAUGCAGAAUUGGAAAAAAGGUCGAUUGCCAAUAUGGGUUUGGGGAAAAACUGGAAGUUCGGCUAGUUUGAUGAUUUCUGCUGAACAUGAGAAUAAUAUUGCGACACCGGAAAUAUUGGCGAAAUUAAAUGAGAGUAUCGGAAGAUGUCAUGAUAAAGCUGAAAAACCAUAUGCAAUUCAUCUUGAUUCGAAUUUUGUCACAGAUGUUGGGAGAGCUUAUGAUAAUCUGAUUAAAUUAUGCGCAAUUGAUUCAUAUGAGCAAUACGUGCAAGCUGAAUCAAAUUGGGUGUUGAAACUAAAUCGAACCGGUUGGUUGCAUCUUAUCCGAUCUUGUUUAUCAGCAACAUAUGAAGCUAUCAAAUGGAUCAUUGAUUGGCAAAGAACUGUGAUUUUGUAUGAAAAUGAUAAUCGAGAUAUGUCAUUGAUUGUUGCGAGUCUUGUGCAAAUUUGCUGUGAUCCAUUUUAUCGAACUACAAGUGGAUUUCGACAACUUUUGGAUAAAAUGUGGAUUUCAUUAGGGCACCCAUUUGGGCAGAGACUUUUAGGGCGAGAUGAGGAGGAUGAUCGGAAGAAUGGCGGGAAGACGCUGGUUUUUCCAACAUUUCUUGUAUUUUUGGAUUGUGUUGCACAACUUCAUCGAUUACAUCCUUAUGAGUUAGUUUUUCUUUUUUUUAACAAGGGAACUUUUUUCACUCGUGGAUUUUUAAUAAAAUGUAUUUUUCUAGUAGUUUCCGAACUGCAGAACUCAACUUCUAAUAUGAGUUAUGACGUGGCGAAAUUCGACAAUUUGAAAAAAUCGGAAUUUUAGGAGCUGGAAACUAACUAUUUUUAGGCGAAUCUGAUAUCAUAGGGUUUUUUAGGAAGGCCAAAGUCAAUAGGUGAUCAAUUUUGAAAAAUAUUUUUGUUGAGUGAAAAAAAAUUAAUUUUGAAGUGAAAAAAUGAUAUCAGAUUUGCCUAAAAAUAAUUAAUUUCCAGCUCCCAAAAUCCCGAUUUUCAGAAAUUGUCGAAUUUUGCCACGUUAUAACUCAUAUUAGAAGUUGAGUUCUGCAGUUUUAGACAGAAAAAUCGUGAUCAGCGGGUUGAAAACUACUGGAAAACAUAUAUAUAUAUUUUAUUAAAAAUCUAGAUUGAAAGUUUAAACAGUUCCCUUGUGCGUAGAAAUCUAUCUGAAAAUAAUUUCAGAUUUUCAUUCUCGCAACAUCUUCUCAUCGCUUUAUGGGAUCUUUCGCUAACUGGCCUGGUUCCCUCAUUUUCAUGCAAUAAUGUUGAGGAACAAUUGACGUGUAAAGUCAGCGGAGGACCAUUUCCAUUGGAAGCAUAUUUCGAUAAUCAAUAUAUCAAUUUGUUUGGGAAUAUUCACAAUGAUGUGCUGGUUUUUAUUGAUUCGGUGAAGAAAAGUUGGUUUUCUUUUAAAUUUCUUCCGGAUUUUUUUUUGAAGAUCCUCGUUUUCUGUUUAGAAAAUCAGAGAAUUUUGAGGCUAAAUUGAAUUUUUCCGAAACCGGGAAAAUGGAAAAUUUCCAGAUUUUUACAAUCAUAAAAUUUGGAAAAUCCAAUCCAGCACUGUGUCUUUUCUGUGUCAAAAAUCAGAAAAUUCUGUAAAAAAAUUCAGAAAGUGUUUUUUUUUCAGAAUUUGGGCUAACUUGAGAAUAUUACUGUUACAAAAUAAUUUUCAGAAAACCCCCAAAAACCCUCAAUUUUUCACCAUAAUCAUUCCAGAACAACCCAUCGGACUGAACUCUGUCGGAUAUCUGCAAGUGGAAAUAAUUCGCCCGCCCACAACUAUUCUCGACGUUCAAAUCUGGAAAGAAUGCUAUCUUCGCUGGAUCCUUCCCGCAAAUCUCCAGAAUUCUGGAGAAUUGGAGGAGAUGCAUCAAAUUGACAAAAAGAUGUUGGAAAUUUCGAGAAGACUGCAAAAUCGCGAAUGGAAACAGCAUUUUGAUCUUCCUGAGAGUGUUAGUUGAUGGGAAAUUUGGAAUCUUUUUCAGAACAAAAUUUUGUUUCAGUACAGCUCUGCAUAUCCAUACUCACUUCCCGAAAUCUCUCGACCAAUCAUCGAAAUCAACGAUUCGCUGAACGAUAUUUCAGAUUUCGAAAUGAUUCGAAGACCUUCGGAUCUUGAUGGGAUUUCAGUUGCAUCUUCUUUCAUGUCAAUGUCAUUUACACAAACUGUUAGUAGGGCUGAUUCACGAACGAAAAAAAUGUUUAAAAAUGUUUUUUUAACAUCGAAACAUCAAUUCACGAAAAGUCAAAAAAUGUCGAAAAAAGAUUGUAGGUCAAAAUUAGUUUUUCGAGUUUUUCAGCCAAAAAUGAUGACAAAUCAAUAUUUUUUAAGCUUCUGGAAUAAUUUCUGAUUAAAACUGACCUUGGAAUUCAUUUUCCAGAAGGUUUUGCCAAUUUUUCGGGAAAUAAAAAAUUUUGAAUUUCAAAAAUUAAUAAUAAGAAUCUUCAAAAAUCUCAUCAUUUUUGGCUGAAAAACUCGAAAAAAAGAUUUUUUUUUUUCGGAAUUUUCAGGAUUUCAUGAAUUAUAGAUUCUAGAACUUGUUUAAAUUCAGGUUUAAAUUGAAAAAUUUAUGAUAUUGGGACACUUUUCCUGAAAUUCAACUUGAAGAAAAAUUUUUAAUUUUUUAAUAAAAAUUAAAUAUGAAAAAUUCAGAUUAAAAAAAAAUUGAUUUUCCAAACUAAAUUGCAAAUAUUCUCCUAAUAAAAAAAAUCUUUUUUCAGCCAAUUCAUUCGCGAAACAAUCAUUCACAUGAUUUGACACCGUGAGUUUUUCUCUGGGGAUUUUUUUGGCGAAAAAUUCAAAUUCAAAAAUUUGCAGUUCGUCCGGAGUCAGAAUGCAACCCAAACAACAAACUGUUAGCUUUUCGAAGGCCAAUGCUGCUUCAGAAGAUGAUUUUGAGACUCCAAUUUUGACCAAACAGGUUGGUUUUUCUUCUGUUUUUUUUGGGGGGAAAAAUAAAGAGGGAUAAUAGGUUUUGAGAACAAAAAUAUAGAAUUUGAAUUUAGAAAAAGGGAAGAAUGUCGCGCUUCGUCAAAUGGAUUAAAAACGCGUUUACGGAUCGAGAUAACAAGGUUCGCAUAAUAAUCUGUCAAUAGCUUUUUCAGAAAUAAGUUUCAGCGCGAACUCUGAAAGUUCUGUAAUUUUAGGGUUUGGAAUAAUCGAUUAGGGAAUAAGAGACCCUGGAAUUUAGAAAUUCUGACAAGCUUGGAUUUCAAAAUCCCAGAAAUUUUGUAGUUUUGACUCCAAAAUUCAGGAUUUUGACAAAAAUUGCCACGUGGCACUUGAAUAAAAAUUUGAUUUUCCGAAAUAUCAGUAUUGAAAAAAUUUGGGAAAUUUUGAAUUCCUGAAAUUUUGAAGUUUUAGCCUAAAAAUUUAUUUUUUCUGGGUUUUUGAGCCAAAAUUCAGGAUUUUGACGAAAAUUGCCACGUGGAAUUUCAAAUUUGAAAAAAUCUGAAAUAUCAGUAUAAAAGUUUCAGAAAAUUUUGAAUUCCAGAAAAUUUGAAGUUUUAGCCUAAAAAUUCAAUUUUUCCGAUUUUUCGAGCCAAAAUUCAGGAUUUUGACGAAAAUUGCCACGUGGAAUUUCAAAUUUGAAAAAAUCUGAAAUAUCAGUAUAAAAGUUUCAGAAAAUUUUGAAUUCCAGAAAAUUUGAAGUUUUAGCCUAAAAAUUCAAUUUUUCCGAUUUUUCGAGCCAAAAUUCAGGAUUUUGACAAAAAUUGUCACGUGCCAUUUGAAAUUUGAAAAACAAUUGGGAAAUUUUGAAUCAUUUUUGUUAAAAUUUGGAGCUCAAAAUUUCGAGAGAAAAAAUUCUCUGAAAAUUAAUUUCUGAAUUUGAAAAAAUCUGUUCAAUAUCGGAAAGUUCCAGAAAUUUUGAUGUUUUGACCAAAAAUUCAGAAUUUUGACAAAAAAUUGCCACGUGGCAUUUUAAAUUUGAAAAAAAUUGGGAAAUUUCAAAAUUAUUUUUGUUAAAAUUUGGAGCCAAAAAUUUCGAGAAAAAUUCUCUUCUCUCUGAAAAUUAAUUUCUGAAUUUAAAAAAAUCUGUUCAAAAUGGAAUAAAAAUUCUGAAAAUUAUUGCAGUCUCCACUUCCUUCAACAUCAAUCCCAUCAACUUCUUCCCAAUCUUCUUCCUCAAAUCCACGUGGAAAUCGUCCAAUUCCACCACCUCGACCCGCUGGUUUAUCAUCCUCUACAAAAUCCCCCGAAUCUCCUGAUGAAGAUGUUGUGACUACUAGAUUCUAG